GAGAGCUUCAAACAUUCACGACAACAAUAAUUCACAACGCCAUCUACAGCUUGCGAUAAUCUGACUGCUUGUUCGUAGAGACCAUGGCACCUCGUGAAAAUUCUCACGAGCCCUCAGGCACGCCGGUGCCGCUGGAAACUGGAUUUGCCACUCUUGCGACCCUAAGGCCUGGCGUGAAGGCUUUCGUUGAGAAGGAUGGCGAAACUCGUAAAGCCGAGAUCCUCACAAAGCAAAUGCGCCGUGGGAAAAUGAAAUUCUAUGUCCAUUACGAAGACUUCAACAAACGUCUCGAUGAAUGGAUAGACUCAGAACGUAUUGAUCUCACCCGAGAGGUCGAAUGGCCCGCACCGGAAAAGCCGGAGAAGAAGAAGGCUUCGUCAAGUUCAAAGAAGGACGCCCCCUCAAAAGCAGAUCCGAAGAACCUAAAGAGAUCGAGGAGUAAAUUGGAUCGAGAGAUUUCAGCGACACCUUCGGAGUCGACAAGUGUCAACAUUCCUGGCAAAGCAUCACGCCCUUCCAAAGCCAGUGGAAAAGAGAACAAGGAGGUGCUUGUCACGAGCGAGGUCACAGAUGGCACGACUCCAAAACCCGAAGAUGAGGAAAUCGACCUUGUAGAUGUGCAAGAUGCCGCUGCAGCUGCCAAAGCCGCGCCAGAGGAGGUGUUCUCGAGAGAAGAAGAGAUAGAAAAACUUCGAACAGGAGGCUCUAUGACACAGAACCAGACCGAAAUCUCACGUGUGCGAAAUUUAGAUAAGAUACAGAUGGGCAAGUACGAGGUCGAGCCUUGGUACUUCUCGCCAUACCCGAUCGAUUUCGCCACGGACGCCGAAAUGGUGUACAUCUGCGAGUUCUGCCUGUCGUACUUUGGCGAAGAGACCUCUUUCAACAGACACCGCAUGAAGUGCACACUCCUCCAUCCUCCAGGCAACGAGAUAUAUCGCGACGACUUUGUAUCCUUCUUUGAAAUCGACGGCCGCCGCCAGCGAACAUGGUGCCGCAACCUCUGUCUCCUCUCUAAGCUAUUCCUGGACCACAAAACCCUCUACUACGAUGUCGACCCUUUCCUCUUCUACUGCAUGUGUAUAAGAGACGAGCAUGGUUGCCACUUGGUCGGGUACUUCAGCAAAGAAAAAGAAUCUGCCGAAGGCUACAAUGUGGCCUGUAUUCUAACACUCCCCCAAUACCAACGUAAAGGAUUCGGUAAACUGCUCAUCGACUUCUCCUACAUUCUAUCAAAACGAGAAGGGAAGCUCGGUUCACCCGAAAAACCGCUCUCUGAUUUGGGUCUUCUGGGUUACCGUGCUUACUGGCAGGAGACAAUCGUGGAUCUCCUGCUUGACGGAAAAGUCGAGGCGAACAUCGAAGAGAUCGGCUUCGCAUCUGCCAUGACAACAAACGACGUAUUACACACGUUGCAAAAUUUGAACAUGCUUCGCUACAAUAAGAACCAACACGUCAUUGUGCUGACGGACGCCGUUGUCGAACAGCGCGAAAGGCAGAAGGCGAAGGAAAAGAUCAAGGGAAAGCGGUCCCUGGAUCCCGAGAAGUUGAUCUGGAAACCACCAGUCUUUUCUGCUGCAUCUCGAACGUGGAAUUGGUAGGGGAUGUUCUGGUGAUCUACGUAUUUGGUCAUUAGAGUUCCCUAUCGAGAUAGGAAUACAAUUCCAUUUAGGCGGACGUAGAAAAGGAUUCGUUUUGUAUUAUUUGUAUUGGAAACAGGCUCGGGCAACGUCGGGAUUCAGGGAUACCAUUUGUCAAGGAAAGCAUGGAGUUAGGGAGAGGAGCAAUAUGCUACAGUUGCUUUGGUUCAUUAUUAACGUGGAAGGCUAUGUAUAUCAAAAUGACACUUGAAGUUUUUUAAGGUCCAU